CGUCAACUAAGACAGAACUGACGGCAAAAAAGAAUAGUGGUAUGUAAAAGGCGGGGCGGAAUACUGCAGCUGAACUUAGAGAAAUUAAGUAAUCUAAUACGUCGCUGUCUACAACUGAAGAACAAAUAAUAUAAAAAGUGGUGAAGACUACGGAUAAUUCAUUUACAUUUCCGGAUACCGUUACUCCAGUUUGUGAGACACUGACACAAAGGUGCCUAGCAGGCAAAGCACAGGGUGCCUACUGUAUUCCACAGAAAGAGUGAGACACUGCACUGGAAGAUGAGUGCAGCCUUGCCCUGGCUCUUCGCCCUCGUCCUGCUGGCCUCUGCUGCCCAGGAUGGUACCGCCCUCUUCCUGCCCAACUCAACAACCCUGCAGCACCUGCUGAGCCGAUACCAGGAUGAGAGCGUGUCCCUGACUCGAUCCCGGCGCGCCAUCCAGUGGUCCGACAGAGAAGAGAUCCUGAAACUCCACAACAAACUGCGGGGCCAGGUUUCCCCCUCCUCCUCUAACAUGGAGUAUAUGGUCUGGGAUGAGGAGCUGGAGCGCUCUGCCACAGCCUGGGCACAGGAGUGCAUCUGGGAGCACGGCCCCAACGACCUGCUCAUGUCCAUCGGGCAAAACCUAGCAGUGCACUGGGGGAGGUACCGCGCCCCAGCCCACCAUGUACAGGCCUGGUAUGACGAGGUGAAGGAUUACACUUACCCCUACCCCGAGGAGUGCAACCCCUGGUGCCCUGAACGCUGCUCUGGGCCCAUGUGCACCCACUACACUCAGCUCGUCUGGGCCACCACUAACAAGGUGGGCUGUGCCGUGCAUGUGUGCAAGAGGAUUAACGUCUGGGGGGAGAUCUGGGAGAAUUCUGUCUACCUUGUCUGCAACUACUCACCCAAAGGGAAUUGGAUUGGAGAGGCCCCUUAUCAGCACGGCAGACCCUGCUCUCAGUGUCCCCCCAGCUAUGGAGGAGGCUGCAAGGAGAACCUGUGCUACAAAGCAGACAGUCAGGCCCCCCAGCCCCCCGAGACAGAGGAUAUGAACGAGGUGGAGAAACCACAGGUUCCCGAGAACAUCCCAGGCUGGGCCCGACCUCGCACCACUCCCGCCAAGGCAACUCCUGGGAAAACACCAGGAGCCACCGGCAGCAAGUUCAUGGCCCAGGUGAUUAAGUGUGAAACCAAGAUGAGAGACAAAUGCAAAGGGUCAUCAUGUAACAGGUACAAAUGUCCAGCAAACUGCAAGAAUGCCAAAGGAAAAAUCUGGGGGACCUUGUUUUAUGACACACAAUCCAGUAUCUGCAGAGCGGCACUGCAUUACGGGGUGAUCGAUAACAAUGGGGGUCUGGUGGAUAUCACACGGAAAGGCCGACUGCCCUUCUUUGUAAAGUCAACGAGGAAUGGAGUGGAGUCCUUCAGUAAAUAUAAAGCAUCAAACUCUUUCAUUGUUUCAAAAGUUGUAGAGCAGAGAGUGGACUGCUACAUGACUGUUGCUGAGCUGUGUGCCUUCAAGAAGCCUGCCACUCACUGCCCAAGAGUGCACUGCCCGCCGAGAUGUAAGGAUGAACCAUCAAACUGGGCUCCAGUCAUUGGUUCAAGCAUCUACUCAGAUAGCUCCAGUAUUUGCCGAGCAGCAAUCCACGCAGGCUUGAUUAAAGACUCGGACGGGGGCUACGUGGAUAUCUUGCCGGUGGACAAGAAGAAACAUUAUGUGGGAACUCUAAAGAACGGAGUGCGCUCAGAAAGUAAGAAGAAUCCAGAAGGAAAAUCAUUCAGUCUCUUCUCAGUGAGGGAGUGAAGAGAGACGUCAUUUGGGACGAUCCUAAACACAGCUGAUUCAGGGUCCCCAUGUCUGCUGAGCAGGAACAGAAAGUGCCCUAACCUGUCACUACAGUAACUUCUCGGUACCCCUCCCUCAAACCCCUACAGUCACAAUUUACUUCAGAUACAAAGAAAAGUCAUAAUAGCAAAAUAACUGGUCAUUUAUUUAAAUUUGUAUUAUGAUAAGGAUGUGAGGAAACAAAUUCAAAAUGCUGUAUACUAUUUUUAACAAUGAUAUUGUUAUUUUUAUUAUUACGAUUUUGACAGCAGUGCUGGUUAUAUCUAUAUUAAGUUGUAGUUUAAUUUUACAUUUAUUAUUAUGAAUAUUAUGCUUACUUUCUUAAAAGUGUACCAAACACACAGGAAUGUAUGCCAAAUGCAUCUUUGUACAGUUUUUGUGAAGAAUGGUAGCUUUAUUUUAAUUGUUAUAUAUUUGUUUCUAUUUGGUUUGUAUUACUAAUGAAUGGUGCUUUUCUGGUAGUUCAAUGUUGAUACACAAAUUGUAAUCUAUUAUAGGCUAAACUUCCUGGUAUUUCUGUUUCCAGUUAUUUAAACUAUAUGUUUUCUUUUUCUAAUACAAACAUGUUCUCUAGGUGAAAUCUCAGGCUGGUCUAUAUUGUCUGAUUUGUAAUGAGAAUACCUAGACAGCUGAAGGCCAUUGUUUUGGUGGUUGUUCGUAGUGUAUGUGGCACUGCUGUUAGCUGAUAUGUGUAAAACUAUCACCUGACAGCAUGUGCUGGAAAAAACAAACAUAGGAUGUCUACUCAGAUUUGGGAUGGCAAGAUAUCUAUUGCCUAGGCAACUCUGUUGAAUCCUAUACAUUUUAAAUAUGUUAGCCAAAUUAACCUGUCACCAAAGGGACUGGACCAUUGGUGGCAGUCAGGUGAUGUAUUAAAGAUGCCUCUGCCAUUUACCUGUAUUAAAAAAAAGAAAAUGUUUUCUGUACUUUACGAGUAAGAGAAAUUGAAAUUACAAGUUUUACUGUAUAAUGGCACAGCUCAGCUUCACAUAUCACAAAUAUCUACUUAGCUCUGAAAUUAAAAGUGUACCGUUUAUAAUGAGCGACUCUUAUAUCACUUCUUAAGUAAAAGCCAAUAUAAUUCAAAAUGCAGAAUUUGUCUAUCGGUGUGAAUUUCCUAAGGUGAUCAAACCAAGUAUUAAUCAUAUUGGGCAUGAAUUUGGAUUGCUACCUUUAACACGUUAACUUGGACUUUCUCUCAACCAUUAAGAUCUCAUGAGCAGUGUUCAAUCAGGCUUGUUAUAGAACCGGUAACUACAUUUAGUUCAAAUUUAGCCUGUACUGAAAUUACACAUUUCACUAAAAGUACAUUAUUAUGAUGCAUAUUAAAUUAAAAUAUAACCCAAGCUGACCCAUUUUCAUGCCAUGAAGUACAGUACUAAAUAUAAUUAAGAAAUGUGUUUAAAUAUUGAUAUAUACAGUAUAAAUCAUUACUAUAUUACAGUAUGGAUGGUUUAUUGCAUACACAGUCUUGCAUAUUCAUAUGGCUGCAUAUCCUUCUUGAGUGUAAGGGAGCUUUUUGCCUCCUGAGUGAGCUAACGCAGUAAUAUCCUGUAGUUCAUUAACUAAAUAACACAUUGGCUACCUUGCCCUGUUAUUGCAAUCUGUCUCCUCUGAAACUCAAUGGAAAUCCUCCUCGUCGUACAGCAGAAAAAUAACUUGUGUGUAAAUGUCUGCUAUUCUUUUUGCAUGGUCUUUGUCUUAUUUAAAAGUCCAGACCUGUUUGUGAAUGUGUUGUAUUUUGUAAGUGUAAGAUGAAUAUAUGUAUUCAAGUUAUUUUUUAAUGUUGUACACAAUUUGACAAUAAAAAUAAUUUAGAAACUA